CAGUUGCUCGCUGUGAGAGCAAAGCUUCCUUCACUAUGGCCAGGACGAAGCAGACGGCCCGCAAAUCCACCGGCGGCAAAGCGCCGCGCAAGCAGCUGGCCACGAAGGCUGCCCGCAAGAGCGCUCCGGCCACCGGCGGCGUGAAGAAGCCGCACCGCUACCGGCCCGGCACCGUGGCCCUGCGCGAGAUCCGCCGCUACCAGAAGUCCACCGAGCUGCUGAUCAGAAAGCUGCCUUUUCAGCGCCUGGUGCGCGAGAUCGCGCAGGACUUCAAGACCGACCUGCGCUUCCAGAGCUCCGCGGUGAUGGCGCUGCAGGAGGCCUGCGAGGCCUACCUGGUGGGGCUCUUUGAGGACACCAACCUGUGCGCCAUCCACGCCAAGCGGGUGACUAUCAUGCCCAAGGACAUCCAGCUCGCGCGUCGCAUCCGCGGCGAGAGGGCGUAAUCCCCUGCUCGAGCAUGGGGUCGCUUUCUUGCGUUCUCCUUAGAACGAAGUAUGUCUGGCCGCGGCAAAGGCGGGAAGGGGCUGGGGAAAGGCGGCGCCAAGCGCCACCGCAAGGUGCUGCGCGACAACAUCCAGGGCAUCACCAAGCCCGCCAUCCGGCGCCUGGCUCGCCGCGGCGGCGUGAAGCGCAUCUCCGGCCUCAUCUACGAGGAGACCCGCGGGGUGCUCAAGGUGUUCCUGGAGAACGUGAUCCGGGACGCCGUGACCUACACGGAGCACGCCAAGCGCAAGACGGUCACCGCCAUGGACGUGGUGUACGCGCUCAAGCGCCAGGGCCGCACGCUCUACGGCUUCGACGUAACACGCCACAGUCUACUGUCCAAUCAGAAUGCGAGGGCGGCUAUAAAUACCGGGAUGGUCAAUUUUUUUUUCUCGUUUGCGGGGAGUAGUUGGGUUUACUUAGCCAUGGCAAGAACUAAGCAGACAGCCCGCAAGUCCACCGGCGGCAAAGCGCCGCGCAAGCAGCUGGCCACGAAGGCUGCCCGCAAGAGCGCUCCGGCCACCGGCGGCGUGAAGAAGCCGCACCGCUACCGGCCCGGCACCGUGGCCCUGCGCGAGAUCCGCCGCUACCAGAAGUCCACCGAGCUGCUGAUCAGAAAGCUGCCUUUUCAGCGCCUGGUGCGCGAGAUCGCGCAGGACUUCAAGACCGACCUGCGCUUCCAGAGCUCCGCGGUGAUGGCGCUGCAGGAGGCCUGCGAGGCCUACCUGGUGGGGCUCUUUGAGGACACCAACCUGUGCGCCAUCCACGCCAAGCGGGUGACUAUCAUGCCCAAGGACAUCCAGCUCGCGCGUCGUAUCCGAGGCGAGAGGGCAUAACUUUGUUUAUAACAGCCCAAAAAGUCUUCCCCACCCCAAAAGGCUCUUUUCAGAGCCCCUCAAUUGUCAGCAAAAGAAAGCUGUAGCUUUUGAAACUGUCUUAACCCUGUUUUAAGUGCAAGUUACAUACAAAACGUGUUGGCUCAACGCUGUAAAGUCAGGAGACAGGUCACAGGCUGGUAUGCUAACCCGAUUCCCUUUACAGAACCUACUCCUAACUGUUAAGGAGAUUUACUUUUGAAAAGCAUUCCUGUUCUUAUUCUUGAGGAAUGUAUAUGCUACUUAGCUACCUGCCCCUAACGAAGGGAACAAGCAGUAUGAGUGUUUAAGAAACAGUCUUAGCCGGGCGGGUGGCUCACGCUUGUAGUCAGAGCACUUUGGGAGACCGAGGCGGGCAGAUCAUCUGGAGUCAGGAACUCGAGACCAGCUUCACCAAAGUGGAGAAACGCGGCCUCUACUAAAACUACAAUUAGCCGGGUGUGGUGGCGCGCACCUGUAAACCUAGGUACUCUGGAGACUGAGGUAGCAGAAUCGCUAGAACGCAGGAGAGGUUGAGGUGAACCGAGAUCCCCCGCAUUGCACUCCAGACUGGGCAACAACAGCGAAACUCCGUCUCAGAA